AUGGAUAGAAAAUCUGCUAGAAUAAAAGCAGAGUUACAAAGAUAUGGUUGGAGAGUUUCGAAGAAUUUUAAAUAUAGGAAGGGAAGACCCAUAAAAGUCUAUGACAAAUUGUCUGGUCUUCGCUACGAAAUGGAUUUGGAAACAGCACGUGCAAAUUAUCCAAACAGACUAGAGAGGUUAGAAGAAGAACGUCUUAUGGACAUGCCUUUCGAUGUUAGUGAACCUCAAGUUGAAGGACACGACGGCUUUGCCAGAUUCUACUGGAAACAUGACGAACAAUUGCAUCCUUUGAGAAGGAAAAAAGGAAAAGGUGAAGACGCACAUGCUCCCAUGGAAAGAACAAGAUAUGCAUAUGAAAAGUAUCGUGAAGUUAGAAGUCAAAUUACAUCCGGUCGAACCUUUACAGUAAACUUUGACGAAGGAAAGAACAAAGAAGGCUUCAUGGGUGUACUUGCUGCAAUUCAAGACGGAAAUAAGAAAGGACACAAUCUCAGAUUGACCAUAACAGAUUUGGAUGGUCACAUUUACUAUGCACAUGGCAAUGAACAAACAGCCGCAAAACUUCUUGACGCUUUCAAGACUACAAAGAGAGAACAAAUGGUUGACUCCAACUCAGACAUUUUGAAUGCAAUUGAAGGAAUUGCAAGUGUCAAGUUCGAAUGGUACCAACCUAACCCUCAAGCAGUCAGACAACAUGCAGGAUACUUCCCGUUCAUAAAUAAGUCUGACAUUGACUUGACAAGGUAUGGGAUUUACAAUUCAAUUGAAACAAUUGUCAACGAACCUUGCAUUCUUACAUGUCUCAGGAACUCUGGUCUUGUUACAGAUGAGAAGAUGAAGUAUCUUGAGUCAU